UUUCCAAAAAUUCAAUUGGAACGUGGAAUUCUAUCGAAACUUUAUUAUUAACCCUUUGCGGACGAACAUGCUUUGAAAUAUACAAAACCUUUAGCAGAUGAAGCUAAAUUACACAUAAGUUGCUUAAUUAGUAUAAAAAGAAGGAAACUAUGUGCUGAUUUCUUGCUGUUUCAAUAAUUACAUAAUUUGUCUACGACUUAGUUAGAGGAAUUUUAAACAAUGAAGCGUCCGUAGUAAUUGACCCUUUGCCCUAUGACUUAUUUCUUAGCUACGAUUUAUUAAGAAACAAAGAAACGUUUAAACAAUGAGAAUAAUAUUUAAUUUAUAUUGAAAGAAAAUAUGUGACACUCGAAUUUGUCAGAUUUAAAAUUUUCGACACGAGACGCGAUAUUUCCAAAGGGUUAACCCCUUGUUGAUACUUCAUUGCAAAUUACAAAGUCACUAAGUCACUUUGCAUGUAAUAAUAUUAGAAACAUAUUUAUUUAAAAAACUAUUUAUUCCAAUAUUUCACGUAUCGAGGCAUUAUACAAAGUUCAACAUUGAAUGUCAUGUUUUAUAAUUUUACUGCGUCGAAUUAAGUGAUGACUGAGAGUCACCUCCCGAGUGCAAAUGGUUAACCUUGCACACUUCUACUGAAAAACUACCGAGUGCAAAGGGUUAAGAAGAUUCCUCCUGGAAUAUCAAGGACAUUCACGAAAGAAAAGAAACGCAGCGGCGAUUCGUCGUAUCCUCUAGCAAAGAAUAUAAACGACCUAUCGACUCAUGAUUAUUCAAACGGCCAUGCGGGCUGAUAAGAAGUACCCGGAAGCAAUUUACAUCGAGACUAUUGUGUCGUUCAUUCGGUCGGGCGCGAAGGAGGCUAGCCAACUAGUCGAUCGUGCUCGCGAGAAAUGUAUCGAAGAAAGAUUCGCCGUAAAAUUCGAACGGUCGCCAAUCGAGGAUUCAAGAUAUUGGCAGGACUAGCCGCUCAUUCCGGCCAGAUAUCGGUUGGCCUCGGACAAGGAUUCAGCGCGAUCCUGAUCCCACAGCUCCUGGAGAAACAUUUCGCCGACACGUCUGAAACAUCGUGGAUAGCGUCGCUUGGCGUCGUCUCGAAUCCCCUGGGAUCAUUGAUCGCAGGAUUAUGCGCGGAAUGGUUCGGCAGGAGAUCGGCUAUUGCCCUGGCCAGCUUACCUCACGCUGCCGGCUGGUUGUUGAUAGCGUUAUCGACGAACGUGCCCAUGUUGUACGUCGGCAGAUUCAUCAGUGGGAUCGGCAUGGGCAUGGCGAACGGCCUUUACCUUUACGUCAGCGAGACUGCAGCUCCAAAUCAAAGGGCCUGGCUAGGAAGCUGUGGCCCAGUGUUAGUUUCACUUGGAGUCCUUAUGAUCUACACUCUGGGUGCAUUCACCACAUGGGAGAAAGCUGCAGCAAUUAGCAUCGGUCCAGCAAUCCUUUCUUUAGCACUGACUCGCAUGAUUCCUGAGACUCCAGGAUGGCUAAUGGCUAGAGGACGAAAUGAAGAAGCAAAGGAGUCGUUGCUAUGGCUACGGGGACCUGGCUCGACCACAGAUAAAGAAUAUGAAGAACUCUGCAACUCGAACCUGAAGAGGCAAGAGUCAAAAGAGAGUUUGACCAAAGCUCUUCACAUGCCAAGUGUUUGGAAACCGUUCCUGAUCCUUCUUGUCUUCUUCGCUCUGCAACAAAUGUCGGGGAUCUACAUAAUUCUAUUUUACGCUGUGACCGUUCUAGAAGAUAUUGAUAUCAACGACCUGAACGAGUAUACUGCCAGCGUUGGUAUCGGCAUGAUCAGAUUGAUCGCCUCCAUCGUCGGUGCAGGUCUUGCCAACAGCUUUGGUAGGAAAGUGCUGGCCUUCAUCAGUGGUCUAGGAAUGGCAGUCUCUGCCGUAGGCGUUGCUCUGACCUUCAGGUUCAAACUACCAUCAACAGUGUCCUUGGUAUGCAUUGGAGGCCACGUAGGAUCUUCGAUGAUAGGAUUUCUUACAUUACCUUGGGUGAUGACCUCAGAACUGUAUCCACUGAGGUUCAGAGGACCAUUAGGUGGCAUAACUACCAGUUUAGCUCAACUCUUAACGUUUGGCACCAUUAAACUAUACCCAGACCUACGUUAUAUGGCAGGCAUUGAAGUUAUCAUGUGGACCUUUGCUGGAGCUAGCAUCCUAGGAACCUUAUUUGCUAUAAUAAUUCUGCCUGAGACCAGAGGCAGAAGCUUAGAUCAAAUAGAGAGUAACUUUUCCAGUAAAUCAGAGUGGAACAGUACCAGCCAGACACUGCCCACUAUUUCUGCACAAUCAAGGAAUAUUUCUUUGGAAAAAUUUGCCUCCCUUUCUGAAGAAAAGCAACCGCAUAAAAUAUCUAAUGCCUACGCUUAUGAUAAUUUAUUCUUAGAUCUAUCUCAUGAUGAUGAUGGAAAAAGUACAAAAAAUUCAAUAUCCGACUCAGAUGCAAAAUGUAACAAUGCUCAUACUAUCUCGUUGCAGCAUGUUUACAUCUGAUAGAAUGACAAAAAGGAGAUUUACAGUUAAAAAUCUAAACCAAAGCGAAAGAGUCAUAGCUGUGAAAGUAUUUCCUCAGGUUGGACCACGAGAAGUGGAUUGUAAGGCUUGUACUAAAAUAAUUAAGGUCACCAGUAUUCCUUUCUAUUUCAACUGUGAGCUUUUUCUAGACAAAACUAUUUCCCUGUGGAACAAUAGCUGAUGUACAGUUAUUAAUUUAUAUUUAAUUAGUGACAUUUUGAGGAAUGUGAAUGUUGAAAAACUAUAGAAGUAUGGACUUCCUACUCUUGUGAUAUUCUAAUAUUGUUGAUACUGUGUAUUUAUUGAAUGAUCUACAUAUAUUCAAAGAGUGCAUGUGUGUGUGAGAAAGAGAGAGAGACAGAAAGUUUAACAAUAUUAUAAACAUUCCUAUGCCUAUUGCAAUAUGUUCUUAGUAAGCCAUCAAACCAGUUGUGAUGAGUCACAUAAUCCCCAUAAAAUUUUGAGAAAUGAUAACUAGUUCUUUGUAUUACUGUGUCAAUUCAUGAAGGAAGAGUGUGACUGUGAUCAUAUUGAUGAGCAUAUAAUAUUAAGAACAUUGAGAAUAUCCUUGUAAUAAUUGUAAGAUUAUCAACAUACGUACUAUUAAGUAUAAUACUAGAACACAGUGAAUUAUUUUGUACGAUAUGUCUAAUACAAAUAGUUCUAAGUCCAUUUAUAUAAAUAUUUAUGUAUAUAUAAACAUACUUAUAGUCAUAACGAACUUUAUAUAUCAAUACAUUGCUUGUUAAUUAGUGCAUUACAUAUAUAUAUUUGUAUAUAUAAUAUUAUUAG